GCACGCCCCAGUCACCAGACUGCUUGACGUCACCAGGACCUACGCCUCGCGCCGGAGACGGCAGUUGGCUGACAGUCCCUGGCCAGGGUGGUGGCGGCUCUGCGAUUGAGGCAGGCUUUCCAGAAGGGCAGGCCGCGAUGCCUUCUCAGCGGCGGGUCAGUCAGCUCCUGGAACUCUGCCUUUGGUGCUUCAUGGAGAACAUUUCCAGAUACAUCACAGACAUUAAGCCUUUGCCUCCUAACAUAAAGGAUAGGCUGAUUAAGAUAAUGAGCACACAAGGUCGAAUAACAGAUUCCAAUAUCAGUGAGAUUUUACAUCCUGAAGUGCAAAUCCUAGAUCUCCGGAGCUGUGAUAUCUCAGAUGUUGCUCUCCAACACGUGUGUACCUGCAAAAAACUGAAAGCAUUAAAUUUAAAUUCCUCACAGGAAAGCAGAGUUUCCAUAACUUCCAAAGGAAUAAAAGCUGUGGCUGCAUCUUGCUCUUACCUGCAUGAGAUUUCUCUGAAAAGAUGCUGUGGCCUCACCGAUGAGGGCGUCCUUGCACUUGCGCUCAAUUGCCGGCUGCUGAAGAUCAUCGACUUGGGCGGAUGCCUGAGUAUUACUGACAUGGCCUUACACGCACUAGGACAAAACUGCCCCUUUUUGCAGUGUGUUGACUUUUCUGCCAGCCAGGUCUCUGACAGUGGUGUGCUUGCAUUGGUUAGUGGACCAUGUGCUAAGAAGUUAGAGGAGAUUCACAUGGGGCACUGUGUCAAUCUGACAGAUGAUGCUGUGGAGGCUGUUCUUACCUACUGUCCCCAGAUAUGCAUAUUGUGCUUCCAUGGAUGCCCCCUGAUAACAGAUCAUUCACGAGAAGUCUUGGACCAGUUAGUAGGCCCAAACAAACUAAAGCAAGUAUCGUGGACUGUGUACUGAGGCUAUGGAAACUUGUCUAACCAGGAAAGCUGGGCUCAGCUUCUUUCCUCAGAUAGGGUGAAUAGAUAACUGCUACCCACUUAAUUUAACACUACUUUAUGACUAUUGUCUUAUUUAAGCUGUAACUCUUAAAGAGUAGACUAAAUCCCGUGUAUAUAGUUUGUGCUUUGAAGCUAGCCAGAUUCCUAAACAUGUUACUAUGACUGUGAGUCUGUAUUUGUUUGAUAUGUUUUUAUUUAUGGGCUAAUCCUAAUAUAAACUCAGGCAAAGGAAGAAACUGUUUUGUUUCUUAAGUAAAAAAAGUUUCAAAUGAUCUGUUUUCCCUUGAACUCUCCUCCUCUGUAGGUAUUUGAGGUAUAUGUGAGUUUUGAGAUAUUUACUGGUACAAAUAAAUCUUAGAACUCUUUUAAGUAAAGGUCUUUCUAAAACCUUAA